UUGUAGUUAGUUUUAUCAAUCAUUGGAUUUGUCACUGUUAACAUUUUCUUUCUUACCAAGAAGAAGCAGCCAUGGAAGCCAAGGUAGCAAGCAAGCAUCACAGCUCUAUUUUAGUUCCAUCUGUUCAAGAGAUGGUGAAGGAGAAGCUGAUCAAGAAGGUUCCUGCGAGGUAUGUACGGUCUGAUCUAGACAAAGCUGAGAUGGCCUGUGACUCUGGUCUAAAACGUGAGAUCCCAGUCAUUGACAUGAGCCGCUUGUGUUCUCCAACCACCAUGGAUUCUGAGAUUGAAAAACUCGACUUGGCUUGCAAAGAAUGGGGAUUUUUCCAGCUUGUAAACCACGGAGUGGACUCAGGCUUCUUGGACAAAUUCAAGUCAGAGAUUCAAGAUUUCUUCAACCUUCCCGUGGAAGAGAAGAAGAAGCUGUGGCAAAAACCUGGAGACAUGGAAGGGUUUGGACAGGCUUUUGUGGUUUCAGAAGAGCAGAAACUCGAUUGGGCAGACAUGUUUCACCUAACAGUGCAACCUGCUAGGUUACGCAAGCCUCACGUGUUCCCCAAGAUACCUCUUCCCCUUAGAGAUACACUAGAGACGUAUUCGGCUGAACUUAAAAGCAUAGCUAAGAUCUUGUUUGCUAAAAUGGCGAUAGGACUGAAGAUCAACCCUGAGGAGAUGGAAAAGCUGUUUGAUGAUGAUUUAGGACAGAUAAUGAGGAUGAAUUACUACCCUCCUUGUCCAGAGCCCGACCAGGUUAUUGGUCUGACUCCACAUUCAGAUUCCACAGGAGUCACCAUCCUUCUGCAGGUUAAUGAAGUCGAAGGUCUCCAAAUCAAGAAGAACGGCAAGUGGGUCUCGGUCAAACCUCUCCCUAAUGCUUUCGUUGUCAAUGUUGGAGACAUGAUAGAGAUUGUUACAAAUGGGACGUACCGAAGUAUAGAGCAUCGUGGGGUUGUGAACUCAGAGAAGGAGAGGAUCUCUAUAGGGGCGUUUCACAAUAUGGGAACUGGUAAAGAAGUUGGUCCGCUGAGAAGUCUCGUGGAGAGGCAUAAGGCUUCGUUUUUCAGAAGCAUGACCACUGAUGAGUACUUCAAAGGCUUGUUCUCUCGUGAGCUUGGUGGAAAAGCUUACCUUGAUGUUAUGAGAAUCUAAAGACCCAUUGCCUUGUUACCCAAGAAAACUAUGUCUUCUCUCACAGUUCUUGUUGUACAAUAGUAUGUGUUCUCUUGUCUGGUUCCAUGCAGAGAAAUAAUAAGACUAUCCUUCUUUUA